AUGGUAUCCUCUACUGCCAAAGAGCUUCAAUCAACACAGGGCGUAUCUGACGACACCUCUCCAUCGAACACUUCACAAAAUGCCUCCCCCGACGAGAAGGCCCUGGCAACAGUAGCAGCUUUUGCAGAGGAGCAAUCCGACAGCCAGAGUCAAACUCAGGGCGGCGAGCUCACAUACCCAGCAAGCCCAAAACUCAUCCUUAUCCUUAUCGCCUGCGCGCUGUCCAUCUUCCUCGUCGCUCUCGACAAUACCAUCAUCUCUACCGCAAUCCCCCGUAUCACCGAUGAAUUCCGCUCUCUCGACGACGUCGCCUGGUACGGCAGUGGCUUCUUCGUCAGCAUGGCCGCUUUCCAGAACGUAUGGGGCAAGGGAUACAAGUACUUUGGCGUCAAGUCGGUCUACCUCGUCUCGAUCCUGCUGUUCGAGGUCGGUAGCAUUAUCUGCGCAGCGGCGCCGAGCUCGACCACCUUCAUUAUCGGCAGGGCCAUCGCUGGUGUUGGGGGUGCCGGAAUUAGUACCGGGAGCUAUUUGAUUGUUGCCCUGAGUGCGCCGCCAAGGAAGAUGGCCGUAAUGCAGGGAGUCAUUUCGGCGAGCUUUGCGAUUGCGAGUGUGGCCGGGCCGUUGGUUGGCGGUGCCUUCACCGAUCAUGCCUCUUGGAGAUGGUGCUUCUGGAUCAACCUGCCCUUGGGAGGCGUGGCAUGCGGCUUCAUUGUAGUCUUCUUCUCCACCCCCGAUCAUGGAAAGCCUGCGCCCGCCGCCCCAAGAGAGAAGAUACUGCAGAUGGAUUUAGGGGGUACCUCUCUCCUCCUUGGGGCCGUCAUCUGUUUCCUCUUGGCGAUGCAAUGGGCAGGCGUUACCAAAGCUUGGGGCUCCGCCGAUGUAAUUGGCACUCUGGUCGGCGCUGGUAUCAUCACGAUCCUCUUUAUGCUCGUCGAGGUCUUCCUCAAGGAGCGUGCGGCCCUGAACAUGCGCCUGCUGACCGCCAAACCCAUCGCCAUCCUUAUGAUGCAUCAAAUCUGUGUGUGCAGCUGUUUCUUCGUGAUACUAUAUUACCUCCCCAUUUAUUUUCAGGUCGUGGCCGGCGUCAGUCCUGCGCAGUCCGGCGUCCGCAUCAUCCCGCUGCUCGCUACCAGCUCCGUCUUCGCCAUCGUCUCAGGGGUCAUCAUCUCCAUGACAGGCGAGUUUCAGCUUGUCAUGAUUUCCGGCAACAUCCUGGUUACCAUUGGGAGUGGGUUAAUGUACACCCUCGGUACUGACUCUCCCUCGCGCGAAUGGGUUGGCUAUCAGCUCCCCUUGGGCAUUGGCCUGGGGCUCAGCGUACAAGUGGCCAUCAUUGUCUGCCAGUCCAUUGUGGAUCCAUCCGACCUGUCUUCUGUGUCUGCCAUCGCUUUAUUCUUCCAACUGCUUGCCGGCGCCAUCUGGCUGAGCGUCGCGCAGGCACUGUUUGGUAAUCGGCUGAUACGCUCACUGACCAGCGCGUUUGGCUCGGCUCGAGCGCAGGACCUGUUCCGGGUUGGCCCGGUCGGAAUGAGAGACUUGCUGCGCCCGGAUGAGUUGCAGAUGGCGAUUCAGGGGUACUUGGAUGGUUUGAAGAACGCCUACGUGGUGUCUAUGGCGCUUGGGGCAUUUGCGUCGUUGGUGGCAAUUGUCGCGAUUGUGUUGGACCGUCGGUCGUUAGGUGUCAGAUCGAAUCGCGAGCAAGCAGGCGUCACUAGACUUCCGGGCACGCCCAAGUAA